AGCUUUAAACUCUCUGAAACAUGAUUCAAGACGUAAGAAAACAUUCAGCUGCUCUGAGUGUGGGAACAGAUUUGGGACCAAGUCACACCUGAAGGCACACAUGACGACUCACACAGGAGAGCAACCUUUUAGCUGCUCAGUGCGUAAGAAAUCGUUUACGCAGAGUGAAGAUUUACAGAAACAGAUUUCGCGAGAUUUCCAGGGUAGAGAAAAUGAGCUACGAACGUGCGAGCGCAAUAUUGUUUUUUCCUCGAGAGACAUCACGGUUCGCAAACGAGCAAAGCACAACAGUUGCUCGGUGUUUGGAUGUACAAUUGAACAAAAAAGUCUUUUUUUAGUUCCUUCACGCGAGCCUCUGAAGAACCUGUGGGUUGAUUUUAUUUUGUCUGGAAAUGCACCGACCCAACUUCCCAAAGUUUUGUAUGUCUGCGCCAAACAUUUCACCGACGACUGUUUCCUCAACUUGGGCCAAUACAGAGCUGGCCUUGCUGAACGUCUGAAGAUAAAGCCUGGAUCAGUACCAACUCUCGUUGACUCAGCUACAAACCUCGGACAAGCCAGCACAUCAAGUGCUUACAUUCAGCUGCCUCUCUCAAGGGAUGUUGCCUGCCAGACAGACCACCUAGAAACACCUACCGUAGGCACACAGCUAUCCUCAAAGACUCCGCCACCCCAAUGUAGAAGUGAAGGUGUCCAGGCAACUGUCUCCUGCAAAGAUUUUGGUGUGGGGCCUUCAAAUGCAGACCCUUUGUGCCUGUCAUCGGCACCUGUAAAGAGACCACCCAAAAGACCUCGUCUAGACCUCGAUGAAGAGCUGGAGGACAAUCCGUUGGAGGGCAGCUCUUUAGUGGAAGCUUCAAAGGGACAGGAUUCCACUUAUGAUCCUGCCGACUCCAUCACAGCAUCGGUAGACUCUACACCAAAGUCAGAAGAUUCGUCCGCUCCCACCCACAACAGCAAAAAGUACAUAGUGUACGAGAACUGCAUCAUGGAGUUGUUUAAUGUAUGUCCAGUCUGCACGCGGGCAUGUGAUGUGAGGACCCAAAGGCUGGGAACCUUCCUGUCUGUGAAGCAGCGCUGCCCCCAUUGCAUGUUCACAAGGCAGUGGAAUAGCCAGCCCGUCCUUGGGAGCACCCCCGCUGGAGAUCUGCACCUCUCUGCCGCCGUGUACCUGAGCGGUGCAUCUUUCACACAAACCGAAAAGGUUUUUAAGGCAAUGAAGCUACAGUUGUUUGGGCAUGAAACAUUUCGCCGCCACGCCAGAGCUUUCGUUGAGCCGGCGGUUGUUCACCACUGGAAAGUCACGCAGGAUGUGAAUCUACAGCGACUAAGUCAGGAGGAAAAAGUGAUCCUUGGGGGUGACAUGAGAGCUGACUCUCCAGGCCACUCUGCAAAGUAUGGGAGCUAUACAAUGAUGGAUCUCCAUACAAACACCGUUGUGGACAUUCAGUUGGUUCAGAGCAACGAGGUUGGUGGUAGCAGCCACGUGGAAAAGGAGGGCCUGACGAGGAGUCUGGCGUUACUGGAAUCGCGUGGCGUCAACCUUGAUUGCGUUGUCACUGACCGUCAUCCACGAGUACAGCAGUUCCUCAGGGAGAGAAACCUAACCCAUUACUACGAUGUCCGGCACAUGGCAAAAGGAAUUUCAAAGAAACUGGAAGCAAUCAGUAAGCAGAAAGACUGUGAGGAGCUCAAGAAGUGGAUGAAAAGCAUCAACGAUCACAUAUACUGGACGGCAGCUGGCUCAACCUCCGGGCCGGAGAGAAUCGCAAAGUGGACCGCGGUCCUGAACCAUGUUCGAGAUGUCCACACACACGAGGAUCCUCUUUACCCCGAGUGCGAGCAUGCGAUCCGCAAGACAACUGAAAAGAGGAAAUGGCUCCAAGCAGCAACUCCAGCUUUCUACAAGUUGGAGAAGUUGCUGACAAACAAAAGAACGCUGAAGGAUGUUGCACAUCUGAGCCCCCACCACCAGACUUCAUGGUUGGAGGCUUUCCGUGCCGUCGUCCUUCGUUUUGCCCCAAAGAAUGUUGUCUUUUCCUUUGUUGGAAAGCUGUGCAGACUCUACCUGGCUGCUAUGCAUUAUAAUGAGAAUGCGGACCGACCACAGGCCGAAACGGAGGAAGGUGAACCUCUCUUGGAAAUCUCCUUUCCCAAGGCUAGAAAGGGAGAGUGCAGAGCUAACCCUCAGAAGACCCAGCCCACCUUUGGUUAUGUCACUGACAUGAUGGACCUCAUCUUUGAGAAAGUCUUCGUCAACCCUACGCCAUACACCGCUGCACUGUUGGCCAUCCCUGUCCCAGAGGACCUAUCGGCGCAGUACGAGAAGCCGGACGGUUUAAACCCCACGUAGUGGCCUUACUCAUCAGGAAACACAAACUGGAAUCAGGACCCAGAUUCUGCGUCCCCCAGGAGGCCCCCAGCACCAGCUCGCAAAGGACUGAUAGGAGAGAUAUACCGACUAGCGAUUGUCAUUGGUUUGUCUUUCUCGUCUGAUGUAAAUAAAUCUUGACACCACGUGUGUCAAACUCAAGACCCGUGGGCCAAAUCCGGCCCUUCCCAAAUUU